GGUCCUGAGCAGUAUAUCCAUCUAAGGUUCGAAAAGCCAGUAAUACCCAAGCGUAUCACCAUCAUUUUCCAGGGCGGAUUCGUCGGAACUAAGUGUGGAAUUGAGUCACAUAGGCCCAAAUGGCAGACAUGGACAUAUAUCCACCCCGAGGAUGCUAACAGACAUCAAAUUUUUGACUUGAUAACCCUUAGAGACGGAUUGCCAGGGGAGGGAAUUCAGAGCAUGAAACUCGUCUUCGAGGAGAGUUCUGAUUUUGACGGUAGAAUCACA